CAACCGGAGCAUCGCUCCACCACCCACCCUAUUAUUUUCUCUAAGCUCUCAUCUCCUCCAGCCAAGAUGAAUUCUCGCGAGCAUUCUGAUAUGCCUCCGGCCCACUCCUAUCCAUCCCCCAACGCGGCGCAGAUGAGCCAGGGCGCCAUGCAAUACUACACCAACCGACAGUUGACUGCCGACGAACUUUUGUCUGCUGAGCUAUCGCGCGAAACCUCGGGCCCUGGUCUUGCUGACGGCUCGAGUAACGGUGUCCAUCAUGGUCAAUCAAUGGUUCUCGGUUCCUCCAACCCCGGUGGUCCUGACAUGGGUCGUCCUGCAUCUCCAGAUCAGCAUCAACAACAGCACAUGCUUCAGUUCACCCCGAGCCAGCAAGUUGGCGUCGACCCGAAUCACGACUUGAGCUACGGAGACCAGAGCGCGAGAAGGAAAAGGUCUAAGAUCUCUCGCGCAUGCGAUGAAUGUCGGCGCAAGAAGGUCCGCUGCGAUGCGAGCUCCGAGUCCGGUGUCGAAACGUGUUCCAACUGUCGUCGCCUUGGAGUUGUCUGUCAGUUCAGUCGAGUUCCAAUGAAACGAGGUCCAAGCAAAGGCUACAUCAAGGAAUUGGCGGAGCGCUUACACACAUUGGAGAGUCAAAUGCAGCCUGCUAUGGUGCACCCUGAUAUGCCUUAUCAGCCGAUGAACGAAGUGUCCUCUCCCCGGGCAUACCAGGACUUUUCGCCUCCAAUUGACAGCGGUCCCAUCGGUCGCAAAAGGACAUACUCGAUGUUCGACGGGCUCCCGAGUGCCUCGUUUACGCAACCACCGUUUAAUGCACGCUCUCAGACUGCUUUUGACGCAGGCGAAAGCUCGACCGACCCCUGCCAUCCUUCGGUUGUCAACAACACAGCACCGAAACCUGGAAAUCUAUUCUGGUCGCCUGGCAAUGAAAAUGAUUUGCCUCAGGCCUUGGACAUUCCUGACGUCCCGAAGCAAGCUUUGGAUGAAGACAUGACUCCUGUGGAUGUGGAUGAAAGUGCUCUUAACGCUUACUACCAGAGGAUACAUCCUGUAUUCCCGAUCUUGCCAAACUCCAGGGAGCGGUGUCUCGAAAUCCUUCAUCAAUGUGGUCGUGAGCUGCAGGAAAUUUUCUUGUACAGCCUUUACACCGUGACGCGCACAAACCUGGAGCGUGUCACCGGCACGUUCGAAAGAGUCACUUCUUACAUGAACGCACAAGAUCUUCUCUUAUACUAUUUGCGCCAACCAGCCAUCACGCGGUCAACUACAGUGAACCUUAUUUGGCUACAGAGCGUACUGCUCAUGAUCAUCGACUGUGACUCACGAGGGCCCGACAAUAUGGUCAUGAAAGAUUGUGUGCCCAAAAAUACUCUCAUUCAGACGGCAAAUAAGCUUGGUUCAGAUUUGGUCAAAGGUCUUAACUUGUGGAAGUCUCAGCGGGUCACGGACCCUGAUGCUGACUCUGACGCAUCUCUUAUCCGACGCAGCUGGGUAUCCUUGGCUAUAAUGACCCGAUGGUAUGCUAUCAGUGUUGCUGAUCCAAGUGUUCUCAACACCCUUGAUAUUCGCAGCCGGGGCGACGAAAGGAUUCUAGGCUCAGUUACUGCCAAAGUUUGCUCUUAUUCUACUUUUCUCGUUGAAUUGGCAAGCCUGGUGACUGAAGAGCAAAAUCUUUGUCAGUCGAACAGUGGCCCGGGCCGGCUGGUCGCUAACAGCAUGGCUGCCCGUCUUGAGCUUCUUGGGGAGGCCGCAGAGGUCGGAGAUUAUCGGCGACCAUCUGAGAAUGCCGAGGAUGGCGCCCCCUCCAGCUUCCUCGACAGCCUGCAAAACCAACUAUACUGGACCUUGCGACUAUUGAUCAAACGCCAUAUCUUUAUCUACACCCCCUAUGAGAUUAUCUACGCUGCCGAAGAAGUUGUCAAUGAAUUGCACCGGGCCAGUUUACAAUCCCGUCUCACGUCUCCAUUCGACCUGCACAGCCUAGCUUUGGCAUCUAUGACCCUGCUUGAGGCUACGGUUCUUCCUGAGUAUGCCAACGAAUGCUGGGAAUCUAUCAGGAAGGUUGAAGAGGUCCUUGACCACCGCGCCAAGCGGGCCGCAGAAUCCGGCGAGUUCGGCGACAUCUUCUAUACGCCUGGCUGGGAUUCGAAAAUCCGCACCUUCAUCGAAUGGCGACGCACGAAAGCGCAGGAGCAACAAUUCCAGGACCCAACUUUCAGUGGCGGGGUCAAGAGCGGCUCUGCAGCGCCCCCGGUCAUGGGCCCGAAUGAACAACGUUCUCUCCAGCAUCUCGCUGACCUCGCCGUGGGCGCCGAGGGCCAAGUUGCUGCGGCCGCCAACGCGUCCUCACCACCUCCCGCCAUUCCCUCCACUGAAAACCACCUCCCCGCCACUUCACCCAAUCUAGCUUCUUCUGGCGCGCAACCCCAGGGUCGCAUGGUUGUGGACUUCACGCUUCUCACGAAAGAGGGCUACUUGAAUGUUUUCGCUGGCUUGAUCUAUCAUCGGUCUCGGUAAAGGCAUUCGUGUAUGUGCCGUGUUUGCUGUUCUGUAGGUAUAUGGGCUCUCUUUUCUUUUCUUUAUCUCGGAAGGCUUUACUACUUUUGUCAAUAUUUUGAGCUGGAAUAUGUUUCCUUCUCUCGCCCUCAUGUUUCCUUCUGCCAACUGGGAGCAUUCCCGUUCCCCAACCGUUGGUCUCCUAUUAGUUACUCCGUGGGGCAAACACCAUGUUGCUACUGCUAGGAUAGUGUAUUUUUACGUGGAACGUUCGCUACACCACACAUUGGAAACCCC